AUGCAUUCAGGGAGAAUGGUAACAGCACCGCCUCUCCAGGGUCUUGAGGGGUUUACCAGGGCUGUGAGGGAGGGGGUGGGCGGAGUGGCAUCAACAGCACCACCUCUCCUGAGUCUUGAGGAGUUUACCAGGGCUGUUAGGGAACGGAUUGCUAUGGCGGGUGGGGGUGUGGGAGGUGGAAGGGUCGAAGGUGGGAGGGUGGGGGAUGGGAGUGUGGAGGGUGGGAGUGUGAGAGGUGGGAGUGUGGGAGGGUGGAGUGUGGGGGAUGGGAAUGCAGGAGGAGGGAGUGUGGGAGGAAGGAGUGUGGGGGGAGGGAGUGUGGGAGGGGGGAGUGUGGGAGGAGGGAAUGUGGGAGGCGUGACUACCGGUUGUGUGACUGUAAUGCAGCCUGACGCUGUUGCUGCAGGCUGCGAGGUUUCUGUAGGUGGGAGGAAGGAACUGGAGGGGAGUGGGAGCAAGAGGACAGGCGUGAAAGGGAUUGCGUCAGAAAGGCGUUUGCGUCGGAUAACGACUUUCAAGGCGUUUCAAGCAGCGCCGUUUCCCCUCUCGCACCUCUCGCAGGUCGGCAAGGCGUUCGCGUCGCAGUACUAUACCGUGAUGCACACGCAACCGCACGACGUGCACAAGUUCUACGUCGACGAGAGCAAAUUCACGCGCGCCGAGCGCCUCGGCAUUCCCGGGGAAACCGUGACGACCAUGCAGGGUAUCCACACCAAGGUGAUGUCGCUGGAUUCAUGCGAAGUCAAGGCGGAAAUCAAAUCCGUGGACUGCCAGGAAUCUCUCUCCGGCGGCGUUCUCGUGGUGGUAACCGGCGCGCACUGUUACAGCAGCAGCGAGCGACGCGGCUUCGUCCAGAGCUUCUUCCUCGCGCCGCAGCAGAACGGCUUCUACGUCCUUAACGACAUCUUCCGGUUUCUAGAGGACGCGCCGCCGCCGCAGCCGCCCGCCGUAGUUAAACACGCCGUCGGCGGGGGUACUAAGUCGGCCGCGUCGGCCUCUGGAUCAGCUGCAGCUGCUGCUGCGGGGGGUGCGUCUCAGGCAGGUUUGUUGAACGGGCACGCGGCGGAUCAAGCAGCGGGAUCCCGGGAGGUUACAUCUGUGGAUCAUGCGGUGCGAGAUGUAACGGUCGAUGAGGCGUCCCAGGCGUCCGCGCCUGCCGCCGCGCCCAGCGCCGCAGCCGGCGGAGCCGAGGCUCCCCCGGCCGCGGACGACGGCGCUGCGGUGGAGGAGGUGCAGGUGAUUCGGGAAGUGCCUGAGUCGGUCGUUUCCGUGGAUCAGGGCCAAGGGCAGGGUCAAGGGGCGGGAGUGGGAGCCGCCGCAGCAGCGGCGGAAGGGGAGAAGGCGGAAGCGUCUGUUGCGCCUUCCGCCCCAGUUUCCGCGCCUGCUGUCCUUCCGAGUCCUGCGGGCGGGGAAGCGGCUGCGGGAGCCACACCUGCGUCAGCUGUAGCACCAGCUAUAGCAGCUGCACCCGCAGCAGCAGCAGCAGCAGCAGCAGCAGCACCGCCUGCAGCAGCGGUAGCGCCUGUAGCAACUGUAGCUCCAGCGGCGGCGGCAGCACCAGCUGCAGCGGCGGCACCUGCUACUGCGUCUGCGUCAGAUGAACCGGCCCCUAAGAAGUCUUACGCCUCUAUUCUGCAAGCCAUGCGCGCGCAAUCCGCAGCUGCAUCACCCGCGGGCGCCUCCGCGGGCGCAGCUUCCGCGCCUCUCUCCGCCACUCCCCCCGCAGCUGCGCCUCUGGGGGCGGUUGCGCCCAGGCAGCCGCCGCUUCUCCCUGCCGCAGCAGUUGGGGGUGCUGGGGCGUUUGGGGGGCAAGAGGCAGCACCUUCUGGGGCAGCAGCUGGGUUCUCUGCUGGUUUGCUUGCCCCUGCUCCUGGUUUCGCUGCUGCUGGUGGUGCUGCUGGGGCUGGAGAGGAUACCAAUGCUGCUGACGAAGCUGCAGGGGAGGGCCGCGCUGUGUUUGUGCGCAACCUGCCAGUGCGCAUCACUGCCAAGGAGAUAGCAGAGCACUUCAACCAGUUCGGAGCAGUGAGAGCCGACCGCAUCCAGAUCCGGGGCAACAAGGCCAACAACCCCGCUACAGUGUACGCGUUUGUGGAGUUUGAGGAAGCUGCAGCAGCACUAGCGGCAGUAGAGGUUAGCAAACGGGCUCUUGGGUUUGUGGCUGAAGAGGUGUUGGUUGAUGGAUCGUGUUCCGUGCCUCUAACGUCUAUGUAUAGACGACUCACAAAAAGGCUGUAG